AUUCUUCAUCAUUUGGUGGCCAAUUUCUUGUAAAAACAGAAAUAAGGUAACAUUGUCUAAAAGCAAAGAAUUUAUUUUAAUGCAUGUUCGUGGGAGAAUCAGAAUGUUGAUUUCGAAAGCAACCUACUGAACGUCAAAAAAUCAAAAGCAGCAGCCCCACUAAUAGAGACUUAAGGUUGUGGUCUAAGCAAAGGAUAAAUUGUGAGUUCAAAAUAGCAAUCUUGUGUAUAAAUUCCACCCAAAGCAAACAAGAAAAACAUUGAGUUUCUUGGGAAAUCAAUACUAUACUUAUCGACCAAUUACGAUCAAAUCCAAAAGAUAAUAUAGAGAAGAAAAUGUCUGAUUGGGGUCCAGUGUUUGUGGCGGUGGUGCUAUUCGUUCUGUUAACGCCGGGUCUGCUGGUUCAGGUGCCGGGUCGCAGCCGAUUUGUUGAGUUUAGCAACUUUCAGACGAGUGGAGUGUCGAUAUUGGUUCACUCACUAGUCUAUUUCGCCCUCAUUUGCAUCUUCUUAUUAGCGAUUGGGGUUCAUAUUACCUCUUUAAUAAAUACCUCUCUGUUAAUGGCGGACUGGGGGCCGGUGCUCAUCGGAGUAGUACUCUUCAUCCUGCUGCAACCUGGGCUUCUGUUUCAGAUACCGGGUAACAACCGCACUCUCGAAUUUGGGAGCAUGAAGACUAAUGGAAAGGCGAUUGCUGUUCAUACUCUUAUUUUCUUCACACUCUAUGCUAUUCUCAUUCUCGCUGUUCAUGUUCACAUCUAUACUGGAUGAUCCUGUAACACCUACUACAGAUCUGCUACUACCAUUUUCACUAAUCCAAGUUGUAAGCCCUAUUUUCUCACUGUCUGUUUCUUUGUAAUUUUGUUUUCAAGAGGAAAUAUCAGAAUCGCUGUGUUUAUUA